GCAAUUAAAAUAUGAUGACGCGCACCAAAGACGUGGUCGUGGUCGUGAUCGUGAUCGUAAUUAUUCACCCAAAUCUUCACGAGCAAGUUCUAUUGCGUCUGCAUCAUCUGCCACUAGUUCUACCACUACAUCAUCGCAUCACAGACGAAAACGAUCACCUUCUAUAAAUUCAACUUCAACCACGAUUACGAAUAACUCAAAUGGAAAGAUUACUAGUUUACAACCGAAAUCACAUCAGACCAAAUUAGCUACUACUCCCAAUCCGGAUAUUUCUGUAGGUAGACGUGUGAUACUUCCAACAAAAAAUAAUGCACCUGGCAUUAUACAAUUUUUGGGAGAAACAGAAUUUGCAAAGGGAAUCUGGGUAGGAAUUGAACUUGAUAAUGCCGUUGGUAAAAAUAAUGGUGUGGUAGCCAGCAUCAAAUAUUUCGCGGCCGCCAAUAAUCAUGGGAUAUUUGUUAGACCGGAUUCACUUUUAUUAAUAU